AUGUCACUCAAUGGCAACACCCGAUCUCAGCUCGCGUAUCGCGUCGCCGUACCCUCCGAAGCACCUCACCUGGCUGCGUUGAUCAAUACCGCCUUCCGUAGCGAACUUCCUGGACAGACUUGGCUCUUCGACGAUCAGGAAAGACGCAUCGACAUUGUGUCCACAGAGCCGAUCGCUGGCUUCAUCGACUCUGCAGAGUCGGUGCUUUUGACCGGCGUCAUCAACAAUGGCAGCGCAGCAGUAGCAUGUUGUUAUCUGAGAAAGCCUUCGAACCCGCCAGAACCGCACAUGACGGCAGACGCAGCCUGGUUUGAUCUUCUCUCUGUAUUGUCAGCACAUCAUGGGUGUGGGUAUGGGUUCGCCAUGCUUGCAGCAGCCGAGAACUUCGUCCUGGAACAUUGGUCAGCGAAGCGGCUAGAGUUCGAUUUUGUGAGCUCACGGCUCCAGUUGAGGGCUUGGUAUGAGCGAUGUGGGUAUAGAGCGACCGGAGCGAGGAGAGACUUCCCUUAUGGCCAGCAUGGCCGCGAGAUCCUGGCGGAUGGGCUGGAUAUGGUUGUGCUUGGCAAAGAUUUGGAAGACCAACAAAGGAAUCGUUCUUGA